CACACGCAUGCACACAGCACCGGCAGUCAGAACUCCUCGUCUGUCCUGGUCUGUGCUGCCAGAGCUCUGCCGAGAGGUGGGGGAGGAAGAGGAGGGAGCCCGGCCGGGCGCGAAACCCAGCACUGAGGAGAGGCAGGUGCGAGCAGGUACCCCCUGGACCAUGAGGUCGGCCCUCUGCUGGCUCCUGCCGCUUCUCCUCUUGGCCUCCGCGGCUCACGGCCAGUCGACCAGACGCCCGAGACCCAGGCCCCCCCGGCCCAGGCCCAGGCCAACUCCCGCCUUCCCUCGGCCCCACGAGCCCCCGGAGCCGACAGAGCUGCCCCCGCCCCUCCCGCCGGGGCCCCCCUCUCUCUUCCCCGACUGCCCCCGGGAGUGCUACUGCCCCUACGACUUCCCGUCCGCCCUGUACUGCGACAGCCGCCACCUGCGGAAGGUGCCCGUCAUCCCGGCCCGCAUCCAUUACCUCUACCUGCAGAACAACUUCAUCUCCGAGCUCCCCGAGGAGUCCUUCCGGAACGCGUCCGACCUGCGGUGGAUCAACCUGGACAACAACCGCAUCCGCAAGGUGGACCAGCAGGUGCUGGCGCGGCUGCCCCACCUGGCCUUCCUCUACAUGGAGAAGAACCAGCUGGAGGAGGUGCCCUCGGCGCUGCCCCGGAGCCUGGAGCAGCUGCGGCUGAGCCAGAACCGCAUCUCCAAGAUCCCGCCCGGCGUCUUCAGCAAGCUGGAGAAGCUGCUGCUCCUGGACCUGCAGAACAACCAGCUCGGCGACCACACGCUCAGGCCCGACACCUUCCAGGGCCUCAAGAGCCUCAUGCAGCUCAACCUGGCCAACAACACCCUGAGGAAGAUGCCGCCCAAGGUGCCCCAGGCCCUCCACCAGCUCUACCUGGACAGCAACAGGAUCGACGCCAUCCCCAACGGCUACUUCAAGGGCUUCCCCAACCUGGCCUUCAUCCGCCUCAACUACAACAAGCUGUCGGACAAGGGGCUGCCCAAGAACGCCUUCAACCUCUCCAACCUGCUGGUGCUGCAGCUGGCGCACAACCGCAUCAGCAGCGUGCCCGCCAUCAACAACAAGCUGGAGCACCUGUACCUCAACCACAACACCAUCGAGAAAAUCAACGGAACUCAGAUCUGCCCCAGCAACCUGUUCGCCUUCCACGACUUCUCGGACCUGGAGAAGGUGCCCCACCUCCGCUACCUGCGGCUGGACGGGAACCACCUGAAGCCGCCCAUCCCGCUGGACCUCAUGAUGUGCUUCCGCCUGCUGCAGUCCGUGGUCAUCUAGGCCUCCCGCUGCCCUCGCCCCUCCGACACACUUGAAGGCGGUGGCCCAGGCGCCUGGCCCACCGCUGGCCUCCUCUUGCCCUUUCUCUGUCUCUCUCUCCGGCCUUCUCUGGAUGGCACGGGCCACCCUCUGCAGCACCCCCCCCCCACACACACACAGGAGCGACCCCCCUCCCCACCCCCACAGCCUUGUUGAGCCCCACCCCCACUCAGAGGCCUCCCCUGCACAGCUGCUGAGAACCUAGAGCCCGGAAGCAGAUGUGUAUCCAAACGCUUGAUGACCCUUCUCUGUGCUGUGCUGGGGUCAGGGCAGGCCGCGGACAGAUCUCUGGUCUCCCCUGAAGAGAGCAGCCGGGGGGAGAGUUUUCUUUUGUUUAUUGGUUGGGUUUCUUUUUGGGAGGGGGAAGGGAGAUUAUACCUGGCAGUGCUCAGGGAGCACUCCUGGUGGGCUUGGGGGACCAGGUGGGAGGCCAGGGACCAAACCCAGGUGGGUGCCAUGCAAGGCAAGCACCUGGCCUGCUGCGCUAUGGCCCCGCCCCAGAGUCUGAGAAACUCCCCCCCCGCCCCGCACCAGAGCCCAGACGCUCUCCGGGGGGGACCCCACUGAAAGGGGCUCUUCUACCCUGGGGCGCCACGAGGCACGUACACCCCCUCUCCUGGGCCGAGAGCCCUGUUGCCCCGCGUCUGCCACCCUCUUCUGCAGAAGGCUGCCCAGGAACGGCAGGAGCAGGGCAGAGUCGCUCUCUCACCUCCCCCUCCUCCUUCGGGUGAACUCAGCACACAUCCUCCUGACCUGGCCGGCUCGAGGGCAAGGGCGGGGCAGCCCCUCCAGGCCAGGAACAGCUGGAAGAACUCGGAGCAGAGGGGCGGGAGUCCGGGCUCAGGCCUGCGUGGUGUGGACGGGGUUUAUAGCUCCUGUGGCCACUCCGGGCAAGAGGCCGGGGGCCCUGGGAACACUGUCCCCCUGGGUCUGGAGCCCCACCCUGUCCACCAUCUGUUCUCUGUCAGCGCCGCUGUGCCCGGACUCUCCCCGCCUUGAGCAGAGCGUUCCCUGGGAAGCCAGGAAGGGGACAGGCCUCUGGGAAGGUCCCAGCAGCCUCUCCCAGGCCGCCCAGUCCUGGGCUAACUCACCAGCGUCCCCUGGUGGCUGGUGCGGGUCACAGCCGGCUCCCCAAGGCAAUGAAUGGUGCUGGCCCGGGUUCGAGGGCCAGAGGGGAUGCGCAGUGGACAGCUUGUCGCUGUUUGCUGCCUGCCUGUGAGCUGAGGGAUAGAAGACGCUCCCGAGGCCCUGGGCCUGGGGGCCGCCCACACCUGCCCCCACCCCCAGAACACGCUCCAAGGCACCCCCCAUCCCAGCCCCGUGCCCACCGGCCCCCCGGAAGGUGCGCUCACUGCCCGUAUGCUCACUGCUCUGGGAGACGGUGGGGGGCCCUGGAGGGGAGGGCGCCCAGGAACAAACGAGACACGGAAAGCCACCUUCAAGGCUGAGAAAGGCCGGACGUUUCCUUAACGCUGGCUGCAGCUGGGUUCCCACCGGCAAGAAACGCCGUCGGUUCCUGCCUACCUUCCCCCGCGGGGUCUCUGGCGCCUGCUCGCGGCCCGCAGCCUUCCCACCACUGGUUUCUCCAAGGCUCCCGCUUAAAGUCACCCACUCGGUCACGUGACUGUAAGCGACCUGGUGCUAUGGCCUGGAAAAGCCCCCUGCCCCCCGGCCCCGACUCGCUCCUGACCAUCUCGACCCCUCUGGUGAGGCCCUCCGAGGCUCGUGCACCCACCCACCCACCCACCCACCGUGGUUGGGGUCAUUGUCCAGCAUACACCCCCGCCACCUGGUGUUCAUUUCAGCUGUCACCCCGCCAUCCCCGCCACCCCCGGCUGAGGUUGGUUUAACUUAACCCCCCGCCCUGCCCCCAUGACACCCGAAGCCCCUCUGGCUCGAGGGGAGCCCCGUGCUCUGGACCCCAGGCCCUGCUUGGUGCUGGCCAGGGCCCUGAAGUGGGGGGGGCUGUGUCCCCGGAGUGUCGCGGUUCUCUCUAGACCAUGUUAACUCUGUGUACCCUACUCCGGCACGCUUCACAGCAGAGGAAAUAAAGUA